CGUCGCGCUGUCAACGUGUUGUCAAAGUUUGUGAGAAAAAGUGCGAAUUUAUUUCUGUGGCCGAUAUUUUUCGUGAAUUUUCCGUGUGAAAAUGAUCUUGGAAUUGGCUCAAUUGUAGCAUAAAAUCAUUAUUAGUGUACCACGUACCGCUUAGGUGGCAAAGGAAGCUAAUCUAGUUGCAUUAGAACGCCAAAAAGGGUGUUAUUCACAUAGCUCCCGUACUGUUGGAUGGGAGAAGAUCAGCAAAAUCUCUGAAUCGCCAAUUUUUCCAUUUAAUAUUCUUCAUCUUCAGAGCACCUCAAGUGCUUCUUUCCGCAGGUUUGCUGGAAAAAAAAGAGGAGUUUGCAGAAAAAAGAAGAGGAAAAUUGUGGGAGAAUGUCUUACGAACAGCAACGGCAGCCGAUGUAUCACACAAUGCCAAAUGGGGUGCCCCCACAGAUGGAUCCACGAAUUAAUGCAAAUGGGGCACAACAAUUCUAUCCGCCGACUGGGGCUAAUCUUCCCCAUAUGCCGCCUCCUGUAGCCAGCAAUUUGGCCCCGACGCCGGUGGUACAGAAAAUGGCGCCGCAUGUGAAUCUGGUCAAUGGGAGUGGAGCCACCUCACGGACUGCCUCUCCGGCUUUUGGGGGUAUUCCGGCGUCGCAGUUACCACCAACGGCACAGCAACCACCCACGUCGCAAAAGCCGCCCACAACGCAGCAGCCGCCGACAGUGCAGCAGCCACCAACGUCGCAGCUCCCUCCGACGAGCAAUGCGUGGAAUGCCCAAAGACCACCACUGAGUGCCCCUUCCGUGACUAGUCAGAGCACUUUUAGCAGCAAUAACAUCAACAACAACGUUACCACACGCGCCCCUCCGGCCUCGGCAUUUGCUCCCCUGAAAACUUCCACUCCAAAUCAGUCAUUCAACUUGGCUGCAGGCGUGCAAAAUAUAACGCUAAACUCCAACUAUGCUUCACCGCAGCAACCAACCCCUGCGACGCCGGCUAGACCUGCGUAUCCGGCGCAACCUUUCAAUGGUCAACCACAGCAGCCACUGCAGUAUCAGAAUCAGCAGUACCCUACGCAGCAACAGCAAAUGCAGCAUCAACAGAAAAUGCAGCAACAGCAAAUGCAGCAACAUCCGAUGCAGCAUCAACAGAUGCAGCACCAGCAGAUGCAGCAAAUGCAGCAUCAACAGAUGCAACAAAUGCAACAGCCGCAUCCCUUCAUAAACAACGUGCUCAGUGCCACCCAUUCGGGAUUCAAUCGUUUAUGGGGCAAUGAAACGGUGGAUUUGCUGGAAAAUCGCCACAUUCUGCCACCUGGAAAGAUCCAACCACCCCCAAUAAGGAUCAACCAGCAGCUCCAGGAAUCGGUCAAUUGCAGCCCAGACAUUUUUCGAUGUACUUUAGCCAAAGUACCAGAAACGAAGGAGUUGCUGAAUAAGACGAGACUUCCACUGGGCAUACUAAUUCACCCCUUUAGAGACUUGAGUAACCUCCCGGUUAUUCAGUGCUCAACAAUUGUGAGAUGUCGAGCAUGUAGGACAUACAUAAAUCCCUUUGUCCUCUUUGUGGACUCUAAGAAAUGGAAAUGCAAUCUUUGCUAUCGCGUCAAUGAAUUGCCCGAUGAGUUUCAGUACGACCCCGUUAGUAAGACGUAUGGAGACGUGACGCGCCGACCCGAGGUGCGUUCCAGCACGAUUGAAUUCAUUGCUCCCAGUGAGUACAUGUUGCGUCCACCGCAACCUGCCAUCUAUCUAUUCCUGCUGGACGUUUCAAACAUAGCCGUCCAGUCGGGGUAUUUGAAUACUGUCUGUGAUACGCUGAUGGAGCACCUGGACAAUUUGCCGGGUGACGUACGGACGCAGGUGGGUUUUAUCACAUUCAGCAGCACCGUCAACUUCUACCACCUGGCCGAUGGCUUCAAUCAACCCCAUGAGAUCACGGUGCUGGACAUCGAUGACGUCUUUCUUCCGUGUCCGGACAAUUUGCUAGUGAAUCUCAAGGAGUGCCGUGAUUUGAUCAAGGACCUCCUUACGCAGCUACCCAAGCGAUUUGCAAAUGUGCAUGAGCCAAAGUCUGCCCUGGGGGCAGCUCUGCAGGCGGCAUUUAAAAUGAUGAGCUCCUCCGGUGGACGUGUUACCGUCUUUCAGGCAUGCCUACCCAACUAUGGUCCCGGAGCACUGCAAUCGCGUGAGGAUCCAAACAAUCGGAGCUCCAAGGAAGUCAACCAUUUGGGGCCUGCAACGGAUUUCUACAAGAGACUCGCCUUGGAGUGCUCAGGGCAGCAGAUUGCCGUUGAUUUGUUCCUUAUGAAUAGUCAAUACAGCGAUCUGGCAACAUUGUCAGGAAUCAGCAAGUUUAGCGGUGGAUGUAUUCAUCAUUUUCCACUGUUUAACCACGGGAAGGCACAGCAGGUUGAAUUCUUCAAGCGCUGCUUUGAGCGCUACCUCACGCGAAAGAUUGGUUUUGAGGCUGUGAUGCGCGUGAGGUGUACGCGAGGGCUGGCCAUUCACACAUUCCACGGCAACUUCUUUGUCCGUUCCACGGAUCUGCUGUCGCUGCCAAAUAUCAAUCCAGAUGCCGGUUUUGGCAUGCAAAUUGUCCAUGAGGAGAGUCUCUCGGAUCUACGAAGUGUUUGCUUCCAGGCGGCCCUUCUGUACACGAGCAGUAAAGGCGAGCGACGUAUUCGUGUCCAUACGCUCUGCCUGCCAGUGGCUUCCAGUCUCACGGAGAUUCUCUAUGCGGCAGACGUGCAGUGCAUGGUGGGUCUGCUGGUGAAGAUGGCCGUGGAUAGAUCGCUCACAGCGGCGGUUUCGGAUGCACGUGAUGCCCUCAUUAAUGCCACCGUUGAUGUUCUCUGUGCCUUCAAAGUGGCACAGAAUCUCCCAUCGGCGAUUGCGGGGCAAGUUGUAGCACCACAAAAUCUCGCUCUACUCCCACUCUAUAUUUCGGCCAUUCUCAAGCAUCCUGCUUUUCGUGUUGGAACAAGCACAAGGCUGGAUGAUCGAGUAUUUUCAAUGUGCGAAAUGAAGACUUUACCCCUUGAUCAGCUAAUGCGGUACAUUUAUCCCGAUUUCUACAACAUUGAUUGCCUAUUUGAGAAUCCCACGGAGAAAGUUGAGCCAUCAAGAAUGCAUCUUUCAGCGGAAAGACUGGAUUCAAGGUCAAUCUUUUUGUUGGACUGCGGAAUGCAAAUUUUGAUAUUUGUAGGAACAAAUGCUCAACCGAAGCUCAUAAACAGUGUUUUCGGCGUACCGUCAACAAAUGAUAUUCCCGACCUUUGCUUCACACUUCAAAACACCGGAACGCCCGAGAGUGAGGCAUUGAAUGCAUUUAUUGAGAGUCUCAAUGAGGAGAAGCCAUUCGCAGCGUCCAUUCAAAUAAUAAGAGAUUCAAGCAGCUACAGGAGCCAAUUUACGGAGAAAUUAAUAGACGAUCGUACAGAUAAUUCUCUCUCCUAUUACGAAUUUUUACAGCACUUGCGAUGCCAAGUUAAAUGAUUCUUUGUACUGAAGCCGCGUAAGAAGAGAAUUACAUUCAAUUACGACGAAGUUACUAUGAAAUAUUAGCGGAAGUUUUAGCGGUUAAAAAAAAAAUCAAGAAAUUUAUAUAUAAAAUAGUAAAAAAAAAAGAAA